CGCACCAGAGAAGAGAUAGGAGGCACAUCUGUUGAGGACACCAAGAUGCCACCAAAAAUCAAAGGAAAGGGAUCAAAAGCCGGGGGACAGAAAAAGAAAAAGAAGAGUCAAGGUGAGUCAGAUGUUGAAGUUGAGAUCAAGCACAGGAGAACAGCCCUGGAACUGGAGAUCCUCCGUGACCAUCUGGCUCUUCGGCGGGAUGAGACUCGUCAGGCCAUAGCCUGCAGAGAACGACUCCGAGAGAGGGUGCAGGAGUUGGAGGCUGAGGUGGAGGGGGCUCGAGGUGAUAGAGAGGCUGUGUAUGCAGAGAUGAGUCGUCAGUACCAAGCCCUGAGGGAAGAGACUGAGACACGGAGCCAUAGGCUGGAAGAGGAAGUAAAGGCCCUUCAGAAAGAGCUAGAGACUUGCCAAAGAGAGGCAAAAACUGCUAAGAGAGAGGCUGAACAAGCAUUAGCAGAGCGAGACAAGACCCUUGCCCAGCUUCAGGCCUAUGUGACAGACAUGGAGGCUAAGUAUGAAGAAAUUCUACAUCGCAGCCUAGAUCGACUCUUGGCCAAACUGACCCUGGCCAAGAUUGAAUGGGAUGCAGCUGCCCUGAGGCUCCAUGACAAGCACAAAGAACAACUUCAGCAAUUUGGGCUCAACCCCCUGGACCUCUGAAGCUGGGGACCCUGGGACUUCAGGGCCUUCUAGACUUCCAACAAUAAAGGUUUUGUUGCUAUAGCCCUAA